UCGCAUGUUAAGUGUGAGGAACGCAUAAAGUUUUGUCAAACAAACAUCGUGACGUCACAGAGUGUCAUGGCGGCGAGCGUUUCAGCUGUGUCAGUUUUAACUCCGAAUGGAAGAAGACAAACUGUCAAAGUCUCUCCAAACACACCUUUAUUACAGGUUCUUGAGGAUGUUUGUAAGAAGCACGGCUUUAAUCCAGAUGAUCAUGGACUCAAGUUUCAGAGGAAUGUUCUAGAUCUGACUCUGCAGUGGAGGUUUGCUGGUCUGCCGAACAAUGCCAAGCUGGAGGUGGUGGUGUGUGUACGGCAGCCGGCGGGAGCCGAGAGCGCGGUGCGGAUUGCACUGCAGAUGCAGGACGGCUCUCGUCUUCAGGGCUCUUUCUCCAGUGGACAGACGUUAUGGGAUCUACUGACCCACUUUCCUCAAACCAGAUGUUUUGAUCUGUUUCCUUCUCGCAGGACGUCUGAUCUGGAGCCGUCUGGACACACACCAGUGUGUGUUUACAUGAGAGACGAGGUCAGCGGUGAGGAAGCACUGAAGACGACGACUCUGAAGUCUCUGGGUCUCACGGGAGGAAGUGCCAUCAUACGAUAUGUGCUGAAAGGCUCUAGCUCCUCUUGUCCUGGUGCGACAAUGGAUACGGUCGCCAUGCCAACGGAUGAUGUUGCCACGCCAACGGAUGCUGUUGCCACGCCGACAGAUGCUGUUGUCACGCCAACGGAUGCUGUUGCCAAGCCAACGGAUGCUGUUGCCAAGAUGACCGUAUCACAGCCGCCUCCUCCAGAACCAUCAGCCUCUGUUCCCGUGGAAACCCCGGCUCCGCCCACUCAGGCCGCCGCCCCAUUGAACCAUCACCCUGUCAAACAGGAAGAGGAGGAGCCAAACAAGAGCCGAGAGCGAACAGUGCAGCCCAAAACUAGUGAGCAUCAGGAGUCGCAGAUAACGAAGGACGACGAGAGACCGGGGACGUCCCAACAGUGCCGUGACUCCGCCCCCUCGGCCACGCCCCCUCAGCCCCAUAGCCCCGCCCCCUCGGCCACGCCCACUGACUUCGUGCCAUUUUCGGGAAGCGGACAGCGUCUGGGAGGACCUGCGGGACUGAAGAGCUCGACCUCGUGGUCCCCAUGUGUGUCCGGCAGCCCUCCCAAAGCCAAAAAACCCAAACCCAGCCACGAAAUCAAGAGAUCCGUCAGCGCCAAACAAGCGACGAGGGAUGAAGAGGAACCAGACGAAUAUCUGGAGCCGAUCGACAGGGAGCCGCUGGUCUUCCAUCUGGACUCAGGAGCCCGUCACCAUGACGACAGAGAACUUCCCGACGAGUUUUUUGAGGUCACCGUGGACGACAUUCGGAAGAGAUUCGCCCAGCUGAAGAGCGAGAGGAGGGCGUUUGAAGAAGCUCCGCUCAUGACGAAAUCUCUCCGAGAGUCUCAGAUGAAGGAGAAGUUGGACCGGUACCCGAAGGUGGCGCUGAGGGUCCAGUUCCCGGACCGCCAGGUUCUGCAGGGCUUCUUCAGGCCUCUAGAAACAGUUGCUGCUCUGAGAAGUUUCAUCAGAUCUCUCCUGCAGGACCAACAGCUGCAGUUCUACCUGUUUGUUGCUCCACCCAAAACCAUCCUUGACGACCCGAAUGUCACUCUAUUCGAGGCGAAUCUCUUCCCCGCUGCUCUCGUGUACUUUGGCUCAGACUUGACGACAGAUUGUUACCUGCGCUCUGAUCUUCUGGACGUCAGUGUCUCCGCCCUACAGGCUGAUGAACUCAUUGCAGGAUGCAUCCCUCGCUCUUCUCCUCCACUCCCCUCCUCCGCUCCCGGGUCAUGUGACUCCGCCCCCGAGUCAUGUGACUCCGCCCCCGGGUCAUGUGACUCCUCUGAGGCCGGCUGUGAGUCUCAGGCGCCGGCGAACAGACCCGUGAGGAACGACCCUGGGAAACUGCCAAAGUGGCUCAAGCUGACAGGGAAGAAGUGACGUUUGAUCAGCGCAGGAGGACGAGAGCGUUUGGAUUCUCCGGCUUCAAUAGUUCAACAAUACUUCAUGCAAAACUUCAUCAAUUAAACAUGUUAAUCGCCA